UCCUUCUCGGUAGGGUAAAACAAUUGCUUGUUCACACAGCAAGGGAGAGUUACAAAAAGGCAACACGCUGCGCCUUCCUGCUCCUGCCUGCGUCCGCUUCCUCCAAUCGACAGAGUUGUUCAUGUGCAAAAAGUAUGCCCAUGCGCACAGAUAUGAGCACACUUGAACGUACGCAUAUACGCACGUUGUUACGCGUGGAACCUCCGCAAGCUUAGCAAUUCCAAGGGGUUGUUCCCACACUAUACGCUGCAGCGGGGACGUGACGCUUUGCUCUGCUUUGCCCUGCUUUGCUGAACCGCCGCCAACACAGCAGCGCAUGCAACGUGCACACGCGUGUUCACCCCUGUGUUGUCGCCACUAAACGGAGAGGUAGGGCAAAUGGCGACGUCAUUGAACCUGCUGAGGAAAUCGAAUGGCCCCAUCCCGGCCGUUUUUAAUCACAAGGUGCUCGGAAAUAUACUCAAGUUUAACACGAACAAGCAGAAGAAUCUGUCCUGCAACAAUGUUAGUGAUCGCCUUGAAACGCAGACCGUGGGGGAACACCUAGACAGAGGCAACGCCCAGUUUAAGUACUGCCCCUACUUGAAGCCCCUCGACAUAAAGGGAAUCAAGAGGGCCGACCGGAAGUUCGAUUACAACAGCAGCUACUCAUUUAUGCUGGCGCAGAAAGAUUUUUCGGAAAAUCCGCAAAACAGGAACUUCCUCACGCACUACUUGUACAACGGCAUGAAGGUCCCCCUGCCCCCCAGGAGGUACAAGUUGGCCCAAUAUGUGGACGUUCGGCUGGACGUGUUUUCCCCCGUAAUAAUCACCUGUGUCAUAUGCCUCCCGUUUUUUUUUACGGACUUCAUGUGGUCCGUGCCGGAGAAAAGUUCCGCGCACUAAUCUGUUGCCGCGCUUCGCAUUUUAAGCAU